UAGAAACUCAAUUGUUUCAGCUCUAUGGCUAAGGACGAGAAUCGCACAGCUGUAAUUUGGGACAUUUUGUCAUCAGUGAAAAUGAAACCCACCGGACAUAAAAAGGUCCCCAAGAUGGACUGUGAAGCCAGAGAUUCCCUUCUUGGACAGACAGACAGAGACCCCACUAAUCAGAAAGCCUCAAGAUGCGCCUGUGGGGUGCAGUGCUCUUUCUCCAGACUCUUCCCAAUCUCUUCUUCUUUGCUGCUACUGCCCCAACUGGGCUCCAAGAGGAGAAGGGCUCGGGACUGACUGCCCCUCCAGGGCAAGUGAAACUGCAGAAAGAAUUUGGCAUCAGCUUAAAAAUCUCUCGGCAAAUCCUCUGCAAAAUACGCAUCCUUACACGGAACUAUCUCUCUGCUCGUCUGUCUGGGGCCCAGCUGACUCUUGUACCGCAUUCAGAGGACCUUCCCUCAGUCAGCCUCAACUUCAGCUCAUGGAUUUCUCUUUCGAAUGAUGAGCGCCUGUCCCACGUGGCCAAGAUGUUAUUGUUCUAUCGGGGGCUAAUGCAGCAACUGAAGGACUACGAGGCAAUGAAAGAAGAUUCCAAAUUCACCGCUCAGUUUGAAGAGCUUGGCUGGUAUCUCCGAGAUCUGAGUCAUCACGUGAAGUACCAGAGGUCGCUUUGGGGCAUGCCCUCUCAAGCCCAUCUGGAACCCACGCUCAAGCCCCCUCAAAUCGUUCAGCACCAGAGCCAAUGGAGAAACCGCCUGGAAGUGAACCUUGUCUUACGCUCCCUCAAGAACCUCCUCUGCCGCAUUGUGCGGGACUUCUUACUGCUGCGGACUAGAGUUGCCAAAUCCCUUCCUGCGACAUUGGAGUAACGAUAUCCCACAUUCUAACACCCCUCUACACGCACCUGACAGGAAAUGCUGGCAUCCUGGUAUCCAGGAUCGCUC